CAAUUUUUCUGUCAUUUAAUCUGUCAUCAUCAAAAUUUCUUCAUACGUGCAUAAACCCAUUUAGAAAAUGCUAAGCUUCAAAAUCUCACGUACACUUUCAUUAUCUCUAUAUUCAAUAAGAUUAUUUAGCAAAACAAGUUCGAACGAAUUUCGUUUCGUGCAAUUUUAUAGAUUAUCCGAUCAAACCAAAAACGUGGGAAUCCAACCUGAACCUAAUGGAGAUAUCUUAAACCUUACAGCUAGCGGAUUGCCAAAUACUCUGAUUAAAUGUCUUGAAAUUCCAGAAUUUAUGCAAAUAGCUUUGGGGCUAUACAAAGAAGAAGAAAAUGUUGAUUCUAAAUACAACGCCCAUUUAUUACCGCCAAUUACAAAUCCUGACAAAAUAAUUUGUGCCGGUGCAAAUUAUCAAGGUUACUGCCAAGCUUCGAAAAUCCCCAUACCACAACGACCGGUAAUUUUCAGUAAAUAUCCAUCGACCAUUAUCGGACCGAAUGAUACAAUAAACAUUCCCUCUGUGAGCGCAGAAGUUGAUUGGGAAGCUGAAUUAGCCGUUAUCAUUGGUGCACCCUGUAAGAAUGUAACGGUACAAGACGCUGACAAUUACAUUUUUGGAUACACCUUGGCUCAAGAUAUCACCGCUCGCGAUUGGAAUACCAUAAAUGGGGGACAAUUUGUUUUGGGUAAAUCCAUGGACACAUUUUGCCCCUUAGGACCUGCAAUUAUUUCUAAAGACGAAGUAGACACAAAUGAAUUGCAAAUUAAAUGUUUAUUGAAUGGUCAGCUUAAGCAAGAUGGCACUACCGCGGAUCUUAUUUUCAAAAUCGAUUAUUUAAUUUCGUAUCUAUCCAAAUUGAUGACUUUGUUGCCGGGGGACGUUAUUUUAACGGGAACUCCACAAGGCGUUGCUAGUCAUACGAAUCCACCAAGAUUCCUUAAAUGUGGUGAUGUUUUAAAAACUGAAAUUGAAGGUAUUGGUGAAAUGGUCAACAUGGUUGUAUAAAUGUAAAGCCACUUAAGCUGUGUUUCGGUCACAUUUCCGACAAAGUGAUUGAUCAUAACAAUAUGUUGUUAUAAUGGAAACUUACUCUUAUGAUAAACACAUUACAUAAGUGUAAUUAGUGCCCAAUUGAUGAGUAUCUAAUUAUGUAGUCAUAAUAUUUCUACAUAUAUAAUGUGCAUUUGCUAACUGUAAUUAUUAAUUCUAAUAAAGUGUAAUUUCCCAA